AAACACUUCCCCCAACACACACACACACACACACACGCACACACACGCACGCACACACGCCACUCACCUAGAAAAACACGGCUUUCUCUCACACACACAACAGUGGUCCCCGGGAACCUGCUGUCUAUCACACAGCUGGGCACUGUCCCCAGAACUCACUCCACCCUGCCGUCUCUUUGCUCAGAGAUUCGGCCCAGCCCUGGUCACAUGAAGCGGCGGGCGGCAUGGGGGGCCCCCGGGAGGAGGUGUGCUGGGCCAGUGGGUAGACCCUCCCAGUUCGUGGAUGGUUUCUCCGACAGAGCCGGGAUGCUUCGGGCUGGUGACAGAGGCGGUGGAGGAGACAGCCCCGUCUGGGAUCUGGGAACACAGGAAGCGCCCAACAGGGCCUUGUAACAGGACCUCUCGGCUUCAAAGACUCCCAGGUACCAAGAUCCGCGCCUCUAACCCGCCCUAAGCCUCCCACGGUCCUCCAGGACCAUAGAGAGCAGCCGCGAAGACAGCGCCUCUCCCCUCUACUCUCCUGGGGAGCAGCGAGACGAGCGGCCGGCCAGAGAGGCCGGAAGUGAGUCCAGCCAGGGGUCGCGCUGGCCGCGUUGGCGGUGUGUCGCCUCUACUCCCUUUGUGGUAUUUUCUUGUAGGCCUCGGGAAAGACCAGGCCCCAGAUGGACCCUGGGAAGGACGAGGGAAGUCGGCCGCAGCCCUCAGGGCCGCCCACCAGGAAGAAGUUUGUUAUCCCCCUGGAGGAAGACGAGAUCCCUCCCGCAGGGGUAAGGGCCAAGCCCUUAUUCAGAUCUUCACGGAACCCCACCACAGCAACCUCAGCCCAGGCGGCCCCUCAGUCAUAUGCUGAGUAUGCCAUUGCCCAGCCUCCAGGAGGGGCUGGGGCCACAGGGCCCACAGGCUCUGAACCUGUGAAGGGAGAGAACCCCAGCCAGACCCUGAAAACAGGAGUGAAAUCCAGUAGCAUCCUCGUGAGCCCCCGGCAGAGGGGCAACCCUGUGUUGAAGUUCGUGCGCAACGUGCCCUGGGAAUUCAGUGAGGUGGUUCCUGACUAUGUGCUGGGCCAGAGCACCUGUGCCCUUUUCCUCAGCCUCCGCUACCACAACCUCCAUCCAGACUACAUCCAUGAACGGCUGCAGAGCCUGGGGAAGACCUUUGCCCUGCGUGUGCUGCUGGUCCAAGUGGAUGUGAAAGAUCCUCAGCAGGCCCUGAAGGAGCUGGCUAAGAUGUGCAUCUUAGCGGACUGCACCCUGGUCCUGGCCUGGAGCGCGGAGGAAGCCGGGCGGUACCUGGAGACCUACAAGGCUUAUGAGCAGAAGCCCGCUGACCUCCUCAUGGAGAAGCUGGAGCAGAACUUCCUGUCCCGGGCCACCGAGUGUCUGACCACCGUGAAGUCAGUCAACAAGACCGACAGCCAGACCCUCCUGGCUACGUUUGGAUCCCUCGAACAGCUCUUCACUGCGUCACGGGAGGAUCUAGCCUUGUGCCCAGGUCUGGGGCCCCAGAAGGCCCGCAGGCUCUUUGACGUCCUACACGAACCCUUCCUCAAAGUGCCCCGAUGACCCACUGCCACCGAGGCUCCAGCGUCACAAUAAAGCGUUUUCCCGGCCCAGG